AUGAUAUAGAAAAUCACGCAUUUAUCUAAAAAUGCAAUUAAAAACAUAGUAGAAAGCAACACGGAAUGUCUUCCGAUGUUUAUUUAAAUAAUAUAAUUAUUAGAUGCAAAAGUAUCUGAGAAAUUAGGAUAGAUCACUAAAUGUAAAUGUAGUGACGGAUACUCUGCAUUAGAUAUUUCUAUAAUCAACUUAGACCAAACUAUUUCAGAAAAAAUUGAUGAAAAUAAACCUAUUAUAGAGGUGUUAGAAUUUAGAUCAAAACAAAAUUUACAUAUAAUAACAAAGUUCAAGUUGGUGUUUGAAAAAUCAAAACUUGUGGGAUAACCUAUAAAUUUUAAUUUAUAUUAAGAAACGGUAAAAAAUUUACACUUAAAUAUUAUUUUAGAAUUAUUAAAAUCCCCAUGGUAACUCAGAAAUACUUCUAAUAAAAAUAAAUUAAAACUUGAAGUUAAAAUAACAUCAAUAAAUAGAAUAGAGUGUGCAAUAAUAAUAUAGUUAAAUUAUUGAAGAAAAAUAAAUUAAUUAAAUAAAAAUAUUAAAAUAGGAUAAUGAUGAAAAAAAUAUAAAAUAAUAAAAACAAUAAAUAGGAUGCAUUUCAUCACUCUAUUCUAAUUUAAGAAAGUUUAAAAUUAGAGGGAGGGUUAUUUUAAAAUCAAAUAUAACUUAAUUUAAAAGUGGAAAAGGUCAAUUAUUUCAAAUUGAAAUCAUAGAUUAAGAAAAUUUAACAAUAUCUGGAAUAUUCUUUAAUAAAUAAUGUGAAACAUUUUUUGAAAAGAUUGAAAUUGGGAAAGUUUAUGAAUUCGAAAAUGGAAUAAUUAAAACAAAUAGAAAAUCAAAAAAUAGUUAAUUUGAAAGUGAAUAUUAAAUUCAUUUUGAAGAUUAUUCUUUAAUUACAGAAAUUUAUGAUGAUUAAUCAAUAUAAGGAUGUAUUUUUGAUUUAAAACUAAUAAAAUAAAUUGAUUUUAUGGAACCAGAUUAAAAAAUAGAUAUAUUAUGUUUUGUAAUUAAUGUCUAAAAACCAUCUUAUAUAAAAAAUAGAUAAAAUGAAAACGUUGUAAAAAAAACUAUAACAGUUUAUGAUUAAAGCUCUAGAAGUAUUGAUAUAACUUUUUUUGGCCAAUAAGCAGAAAAAUUUGAUUUUUAAAAGUACGAUAUUGCAGCAUUUAAAAAUCUUAAAAUAUCAGAUUAUUUAGGAAAUAAAUCCUUGAUUUUUACUAAUUAAUCUAUUUAUUAAUAAGACAUUUCACAAUUUGAACAACUUAAUUAAUUCCAAGAAUUUAUAUUUUUUUUUGAGUAAAAUAAAAACUUCGUUGAAAUAAAACCUAGAGAUACAAAUACAAAAAUGUAAACAUCUUACAUUAAUCAAAUAAAAAUAGAUUUUGAUGAAAAAAAUGACAUUAAAUUUUAAAAAUUUUAUGAAAUUAGAGGUUAUAUUAUAUCAAUUUCAUAAAAAAAUAAUCUAUAUUAUGAGGCUUGUGAAUUGUGUAACAGAAAAAUUUAUUAAUAAGAUAAUAAAUAAUAUGAAUGUAAAAAUUGCACAAAAUUUUUUGAUAAGCCUUAAUACAAAUAUAUUUUUACUGUUCGAAUUGCUGAUACCACAGGAAAUUUGUAUUGUACUGUAUCUAAUUAACCAGGAAUUUUAAUAUUAAGUAUAUUUAUUUUUAAUAAUAAAAAAAAUAGAAGAAACGUGUGAAAAAUAAAAAUUCAAAAUGAUGAAUUUUCAUGAAAAAGAAGAUAUUAUAAAAAAAGCCAAUUAUUAAUAUUAUAAAUUUUUAAUAUUAGGAAAAUUAGAAUUAUAUAAUAAUGAAUUAAAACCCCGUUAU